AGCUUUGCUAGUACCGUCGAGAUGGUCAUCUAGGACAAAGUUCAGAUGAUGGAAAGUGAAGGUUCAUCUGACAAUUUCUUGUAAUUUAGUUCGGUCCACCAAAAGAGCAUGAUGGGAGUCGUAAUUUACUAUGCCUUGAUUGAUCUAUGUGAAUUGCACCUCUGUAGGCAAGCCCAUGACAAAUUUGAUGACUAGAAUUUCUAGGUUAAACUAAUGCCCAUGAUGCAUGAAUGUUGAUGCUUCGGGGUAGUAGGACAAAUAAGAAGCUCACAUUAUUCUCAUCGGCAAAAUCACUUUUUUUUUGUUUUCUUAGAGUUUGUCUUAUGUUAGACAGUUUUAUUUAAAAUCACACGCCGAAUAGGCAGUCUACUUUUAUAUACUGGUGAAGUUCAAUUAGUUCAAGAGGAGGUUUCACUUUUUUUGACAAAAAAGUUUAGUUCAUAAGCGCAGAAAAAAUAAUUCAGAUUUACCUAUCACGAAUGCUCACUUAUUUUUAUCCUGGAAGUUCAUCUCCCCUCCUUGACUUCCACGUGAUAGUUAACAAUCAUCUCGGUGUUUUGUAUUUGUCCCACUGUGGUUCAGUUUGAUGUUGGGAUUUUGUACACAGGUUCUAGGCACAUUUGUCCAUCUGAAAGUUCAGUUUCGUAUUACCAGGAAGUUCAUCUUUUUUGAUUAAACGAGUUUUAGGUAGAAACAAUUUGAUCUCACUUUCAAAAGGAGUACAAUUUACGAUGAAAAAGAAAGUACACUUGCCAAGCUAUAGCGGUUUGUUUGCGGAAAAGCUGAAGGCCACUUCAUAAGAACUUGCUUUUAUGUCUAAAAUGAAGAACUAUAUUUCUAGAAUGAUUUCCAGCGGAAUAUGUUGGUCUCUGUUGACACUCCUAGUUUACAAUGAAAUACAUAUAUUUGUUGUUAAGAGUUGCUGAGAGAAAUAUUUAAUAGAAGUUCGUAUCUUUCUAUUGAUAUAUUCAUUUUCAUAUUUUCGGGAGUUCAUUUCGUUUGGUGAAUAUAUCAUUUUUAAACAUGUUGAAAGUUCACAUAUAAACAUGCAGGAGUUCGCCAAUGACGCUGCCGGCGGCAGAAGUUCAGAGAUACGUGCAUGCGGAGUUCACAGAUGGGCUGUGUGGUGCUUUUGAUGAUGCUGCCUGUGUUUGUCAUGUGCACGCCGGCACCGCUAGUCCCGUCGUUGGCUAGGCAGGGCACUGCUCGACUCUGUGGACCUUCUCUGGGUCGACACACCCUGUCCAGCGGCAGGGGAUCACAGGGAGAGGGAAGAGGGCCUGCCAAGUUCAGAUUUUAUUCUCACGAAGUUCACCAGCUCCUGGAGCCUCUUGUCAAUGAUAACCUGCUGUUGCAUUGCAGCAUGUUGCAGCCCACCAGGAAGUUCGCCAUGCGGGCGUCGGGAGUCAACACGUCUUUGAACUGUGAAGGGAUAGCUGGACUCCCUGAGUUGCCUCUGAACUCCUCCUCGCCGCCGUGUUCUGAGAAGUUCGGUUGGCCUUGUCUUUACGGCGAAGGAGGGAGGUCACGUUCCUGUUAAAAAGGAGAGGGGAAAAUGGCAGUGAUACACUUGUUUAUUUUAAACAGUUGGUGCACUUGAUAUGGAGUUCACUGGGUGAUCGAAGCUAGCAUGAAGUUUACUUAUACUACUUUGUGGAGUUCACUUCUCCUAUUCGUGAUGUUCAUGUAUCCUGAUGCUUCACUUUAGAUUUUCCCUACUAGAUGGAUUUUCAUUUGAGUCUGCUAGAUGAAUUAUUUCCGAAGUUCACUUCCAAUGUUUGUGUUGCGGGGUGGAUAAUUUCUGUAUAUAAACUAUGUGUUAAGUUAACUGUUAUGUAUCUGGUGGAGUAGUACACUUAUUUGUGAAAAA